AUGUCUUGGUCGGGAGAGCAUCGUGAGUUUGUUAUCGAGGAAUUUAUUAAUUAUGGCGGUUCACCGAUAACGAUCCAGCGUGCGUUUCGUAUUCGGUUCGCGCUUAAUCGACGUGAUCCCGUUCCCGAUAGCACAACCAUACGUAAUUGGGUAUCAAAUUUUAGGCAAACAAGUUCUGCACUAAAAAGAAAAUCGACGGGCAGACCUCGGACUGCAACAGGUCCAGAAAAUGUGGCUACUGUAACAGUGACCUCUAAUCACUAUUGUGAGAUGCUUAAACAUUUUCUUCGGCCAAAAUUGAACGAUUUUAUCCAUGAGUAUGGACAACGAAAUGUGUCGUUUCAACAAGAUGGUACAACAGCACACACAACUCGUCGUUCACUUGGCAUUCUGCGAGAAAUGUUUCCUGGGCAUAUUGUCUCCUUGUGA